AGUUAAAAUCGAGCUACAGAGUCUGAAGCGAUGCCGAAACGACCAGCGACGCACUUUGUGAUGCCCACUACUCCCUUCCUCAGCCCCCAGAAGACGAAGUUCAUAGGAAAACAAUGGCAAAAGGAGGAAGAAGAACAGACCCUGGACUGAGGGUAGGGGAAGAACAGCUGUUCUGGUCGUCUGGUGCGAUGGAAACACCGACAAGACAAGAUCGCGUGAAUGGGAAUGGGGCCUGUUCCACCUCUGCCUGCUGUUCUCGCGCCAGGAGCACAUUGGGCCGCAUCUCGACCGAGUACAGCGAGCUGGGAGCCGGGAGCUCAUAUUCGACCAGGAGACGAGACGCCUCUCCUGGAUGGCAACAAGUGUCAGGUACUGGUUGGCAGCUAGGACUACGUGUGCUGGAGGGACUGAUCAAGACGGGCCAGAGCCGGAGCCUCGCCAAGGACGUGCCCUGCAUCCCCCCCAGCUACGACAGACAGCCCGAACGUACCGCUGCCGGUGUCCAGCAAGAAUAUCCGUGCCCAGGUGAAGCUCCCUCCCUAUUCAACUGUGUUCUACAACGUUGCCUCUUAGUUUCCUGGGCGAACUCGCUGAAGCCUCGCAACAUUGCCGUGCAUGCCAUGAAGCGCCUGUUCUUCUGGACAGAUGUCGGCAGUCAUUAUGCCAUCAUUCCGAGUCGCCCGAGUCGAUGGCAAUGAGCUUGUGGAGCUGGAAGGAGUCACGGCCCUGGCCCUGUACCAACAGUCCGAUAUACCAUGCGUAUCGAAGUUAUAAACAUCAAUGGAAUGAACAAGAGAUACACAUUGUCGGCUAGGGGGAUUUGUGUACUGGCUGGACGACAAGACCGGACUGGAGAGGAUCACUGUCAACGGAGAGCGUCGUUCCGUGGAGAUGCAUCGUCUGUCGCAGUUCACCGACAUCCGGGCCGUGUGGACGUUUCCACAACUGCAUAGCCAGCGGGGUGACACGCAGUACUCACGACGUUUGCUCGUGCCCCAAGCAUCUGAUGCUACUGGAGGACUAGGAGAACUACGGCGUGUAUCCGGCCAGAUAAUUUUAGUAGUGACAUGAACAACGUCUGUAUAUCCGCCUUCUGGCGCUGUGACGAAAGGACUGCCCGGCGGAUCACUUCAGCUGACAGUCAGCCGAGGGCAGCGACAAGGCUCUGAUCUACCAUGGUACCACCUUUAACAACUGAGACAAUGUCCACAAUGAGGCCGACUGCUGCAAGCGGCCAGAAGACUUUCAGUGUCCCAUCAACAUGGUGAGUGGAAAGACACGAUAUCUGCCUAAAUUCUUAAACUAAUAAUAUCCUACCUAUAUCGGCCGCCCGGCUCUGAGAUGGCUGGCAGGACUGCGCCAAUGGUGCAGACGAUUCGUUCGACGCAUGGCCCGGCAAGAGCCACACCGAGCCAAUGUAUCGAGCUCUAUGGCUCCAUCGAAGAAAAUAAAUAAAGCAGUAAGCAUAGCCAAAAAUAAUUUAAAAUCACUGCACACUGAUAUUCUUCUCGCAGGGAAGCACGCCGUCAAGCACUCCCUUUUAAAGACUUU